AGUACCGGCCGCCAUGGGUUUUGCGGAAAUCAUCAUCAACUAUUGCAUCCGCCAAGAAGAAUGCGAAGAGGAUUUUCAUUUUUAAGCUCCACUCACCCAGUGCCUAAACCUUCUAGUCUUGUCUCAUAUGGACAUUGCAUUGAGAAUUCUGCGGAGGCUCGCCUACUUUCCCGUCAAACAUCGUUCGCUUGUCGAUCACCACGCCAUUGUCCACCUCCCCGAGUUUCGAUCGCGAUUCUGGGCGCUGAACAAGCGAUCUCUGAGCGAGUGCAAAAAUCCAAUCCUGCAGCUGAAUUGUAACCUAGAAGACAAGACGCACACCCUACAGAAUGAUAGCAUUGUUUGCGAGAAAUAUAUUGCAUCCUUUAGUAUGUUAUGGCAAAUAACUAUCCAGCCGAAAUCCCAAGCAGCUGUUCCCAAAUGGAAGGUAGAGGAUCCAAUCUUUCCCUCUUGGAUACACAUCAUCGGCCAAGCUGCCUGGGUACUCUUCAACCUUGGGCUAAAGCCAGUAGUGAAAUACCACAAAUUCACUCCGGUGUUACUGGAACACCCCGCAAUCGACCCUCUGGUCGACUUCAGAUGGAACACUAUUGGCUUCUACUACUGGCUCUUCCACUUUUUUUUGGCAGUGCGUCUACUACCUGCUGAUUUUGGUAGCCGUAUUCAUGCAGGUGUAUACACCCGGCCAUGGUUCACUCGUCGGUGUCUUUAUUGCAGCCAUCAUCCUGGCAACUAUCUUCCUAUAUCUUGAAAUACGUCAAUUUGCCCCGCAGUGGAGGAUGGCGAUACUUCUCGUAAG